AAGUGUAACCUCGGUCGUGACCAUCCAGGUCACGCAUUUGCAUUUCACAGCUUAUCUCUUUUCCCCAAAGCAGAGAGCUUUCGAGCGACACUCACAUUCAAGGUUUGGACAUCGUCGUGUCAGAAUGAACUCUACGCUCCCCAACCAGAACACAACUACCUCGUGGGUGCUAUUGUACGUGUGUCCGUGGGCAUAUUCUUUAUUUUUUAUUGUGGGCUUUCCAGCCAACUGCCUGUCUCUGUACGUAGCCUGUAUGCUGAUAAAGAAUGGGAACAACAACAUGGCAGUCUACCUGAUCACCUUGUCGGUUUCGGAUCUGCUCUACACAAUCACCCUGCCUGCUUGGAUUGAACAAAGCCUGCAGAGGCCCGUGCAUCCAUAUCUCUGCAUCUUUAUGAAUGCGAUCAUGUACAACAGCUUCUACGUUGGCUCGGGUCUUCUUUGCUGCAUCUCUGUUGAUCGCUACCUAGCGCUGGUCUACCCCCUCUACUUUAACCGGAUCCGAGAGGUGAGGACGGCAGCAGCUGUGAGCGCUGUUGUUUUGGCUUUGGAGAUUGUCAUCCACACUCUCUUGCUCGACCACACGGGGGCACUGCAAGAUCCAAAACAAUUGUGCAAGCAGGGAGAGCCCAUGACACAAAAAGAGGCUGACCUCGCCCUCACACGGUUCAUCUUGGGUUUCCUGGUCCCCGUCUUCAUCAUGACUUUUUGCUGUCAGCAGAUCAUGCGGUCUCUUCGACGGAGCUCCUCCAUCCAGACGGAGGAGCGCAGGAAAGUGGAGCUGCUUCUGUUGUUCCUUCUUCUGACUUAUGUUGUGUCCUUUGCACCCUACCAGAUUGUCAUGCUGCUCAGGGUUGUAUUGGAGCUCCGGGACUCCACCUGGGAGGUGAAGCUCAGAGAUCCAUACCUGGUCACCAUCACCACAACAACCCUAAACAGCACACUGGAUCCUAUAAUAUACUGUUUAAUCAGCGAGAGCGCUAAGAAAGAAAUCCGGAAAGCCGCAGAGAAAGGAAAGGGACUUUUCAUGAGGAAGAGGUCCAAGGGAAUUCAGACAGUUUGCUAACAGAUGGACUACUU